UACGAUUUUGUAUAGAGAUCUAAAUAAAUAAAAACAAUCAAGUCUUGUUAAUUAAAAUAACUACGUUACUACAGAGGAAGAAAUGGCACAUUCAACAACAAAGUCUCUUCAAAACACAGUAUCAGCAUCGAAUAUAAAAGCAGCGGAUAGUGAGAUGGAUCUGAGGAAGAUGUACAGUUUGUCUCUUUCUCAGCUCAGGAAAAGUUCCGAGUUCGGGGAGUACUACUUUAAGCCUUCUCCAUUCAACCUCCACUGGAUCUACGGGUACAACGCGAAGGCCCCCGUCAUCAAUCUCAACAAUGGCAGCAGCAGGGGCGUGUUCUAUGCUGCAGGGAAUUGUGCCGUCGUAUACGAUUGGUGUACGGGUCAGAUGCGGAUACUCCAAGGACAUAAGCAUCUAGUAGUAUUCCUUGCAACGGACGCAAAAGGAUCGUGGCUGGUAACGGGUGACUCUGGCCCAGAAAACAUCAUCAUUAUUUGGGACAGGACUGACUACUUCCCGCAGAAAACACUGUUCUCGCCACAUGGCAGAACAAGAAUUUCUAAAGUAGCACUCAGCAGCGACGCGAAAUACUUAUUGACUCUAGGAUACCAGGAGAAGGCUACCUUGUAUUGGUGGAUUUGGUCUUUUGGACAUGAUACCCCUGAUGCAACUUUGGAAGUGGACAUACCGCCUGGAGGCAUUCGAGAAAUGGAUUUUAAUCCUAGCAACAGUGAUCAGUUUCUGUUAUUAACCAAACAUGAUAUAUGGAUUGGCAUUACAAAGAAAAUCUUCAUCAUUGAACGCGGUGUCCUAAAAGAGACUGACGAUUAUGAACUCAAAAUUCGAUGUCCACCUCGAAAGGCUUCUACCGAGGUGGGCAAUUUGACUUGUUAUACGUUUGUCAAGAACACGUCACAGAUAAUUGUGGGUAGCAGUCGAGGGGCAGUGCUUAUCUAUGGAUACACUUUGGAAUAUCAGCAAAACGUGGACUCUUCAAAUUUUGAGAACCUCAGAUUCAUAAAAGUGUUGAAGAUUGAUCAGAAGAGAAUAAAUGUUAUUAAAAAUGUUGAUGGAGUGAUUGUGACCGGCAACACAGCUGGCGAAAUAUUCUUCUACGACGAGCACAUGAAGCUGCUCUACUGGGUGCACGGGUUCCGCGUGGACAAUGUCAAGAGUCUCAGCUUUGAUAUGGUUCCAAGGAGCUACCAGAUAUUCGAUCCUAAAUGCAAGUUUAUUUUUCUUUAUUCGUAAUCUUUAAAAUACUGGUGUAAUAAUGAUAAAUCAAGAUCAUUCCAAUUUGAACAAAGGUACUAAGACAGAUUCUUUCUAUGACGUCUUUCGUUACAUGCUGAAAAGUAACAGAAGAUAUUAUAUUAUAAAAUAGAAAAAAUGGUUUGUAAGGUAUUCUUAAUGUGGAAAUAUUGCGUUAUCUCCUCAUAUUGGCGUUUUUUUUAAAGUAGACCAAAAGCAUUAUUUAUUGGAACGUAAAUAUUAUGUAC